AUGUUCGCCUACAGCACCGGCCUUGUCGCACUCUCUGCGCUGACCCUCGUCUCCGCGCAAGCCAACUCCAACUCGACCUUCAAGAUCGACCCCAGCAAUGUUACCGCUUCAGACCAAAUCAACUGGUGCAUUGCCGAACAGAACAGCUGCAGCACCCUGUGCGGAACAAUCGAGGUCAACAACUGCGUUGAGGACACCCUGGACUUCGAGUGCGAGUGCGAGGGCGGCAACUUCCCCGACAUGAACCUAUACAAGAACACGAUGCCCUGGAACGUGUGCACCCGCCUCCAGCAGAACUGCAUAAUACAAUUCCAGAACGAUGCCGCCGGCCAGAAGAACUGCACUGCGACCUAUGGCGAUAAGUGCGGGACCGAGGAUGUGGCCGACCAUGCGGGAGAGGGCUCCGCGUCGACUAGCACUAUGAGCGCAUCAUCCAGUGGAACAGCUGCCGCCACGUCCACCGCUUCAACCACUUCAUCGAGUUCCACCGGCGCUGCUGCCAUGCCGACCGCCCACAUGCAAUACUUUGGAAAUGGUGCCGCAGCCGUUGCUGUUGGUCUCCUCGCCUAUGCCCUCUAG